CAGGAAGAUGCUGACAUGCCCUAGGGCUCUGCCGUUUUGGUUCUGCCUCAACGUUAGAGUUUAGGUGAAAAUUAGACCAAUAUACUAUUCUAGAGCAGCAAUUUUGCAUUUGCCGAAUUGCCCUCCUUCUCUUACACGUAACAAUUCCCCAAUUCGAUCACCAUAACGGAUCUCCUGUGACACGGAACCGUAACUCUUCUGCUCCCAGAAAUGGCGUCCCAUGGAACGGGUCCAAUCAUCAAGAACAUUCUUCUUCUAGACGCAGAAGGAAAGCGUGUAGCAGUCAAGUACUAUACAGAUGACUGGCCAACCAACAGCUCCAAGAUAGCAUUUGAGAAGUAUGUGUUUAAUAAGACUAUAAAGACAAAUGCUCGAGCAGAAGUGCUGUUAUCUGUUACAAUUGUCAGGGUCGAAAGAAUCAAGUUCUUUUCAUUAAAGAUGAUUCCGCUGAGAACUUUACUUGAGAACAACAUAAUUAUCUACAAAUUUGUACAAGAUCUGCAUUUCUUUGUCACUGGAGGUGAUGAUGAAAAUGAGCUCAUUUUAGCUUCAGUUCUUCAGGGUUUCUCUGACGCAAUCGCCCUGCUAUUAAGGAACAACGUUGACAAAAGAGAGGCCCUAGAGAACUUGGAUCUUGUUCUUUUAUGUCUUGAUGAGAUUGUUGAUGGGGGGAUGAUACUUGAAACAAGCGGAUCACUUAUUGCUGAAAAAGUAACUUCCCAUAGCUUGGAUGCUGAUGCACCUCUGUCUGAUCAGACGUUAACUCAAGCUUGGGCCACAGCUAGAGAGCAUUUGACCAGAACCCUUCUGAAAUGAUGUUUUUACUUGCUCCCAUGAGAAAGUUUCGUACCUUUGGACCAUCAAUUUUACUUCCUCGCCUUUUAGUGACAGCUUUCGUUACCCGACUAUGACUGUGUGAGCUUCAUACCUCUUCCUUCCUUUCUUUCUUUUCUUUUUUUUUUUUUUGGGCCAAGCAUUUGCAAGAAACUUUGCAUGCAAAAUAACCAAUUAAGGUGUAACUCCCUAUUGGAACUUAAGUUUAGUAUUAGCAUGUUUCUAUGUUUCCUGGUAAUUAGGUUAAUCUGUUAUCUUUUACGCCACAAACUGAUGUAAAAAAAAUUUCUCACAAACUGUUGCAAUAUCUAACUCAUGUCCUAUUUAAUUCGGCGACA